AUGACCCGCCCCUCCCCCGCCGGACGGCCACUGGGGCCCCACCCUCCGCGCUCGCGCAUGCGCUCCUGUCUUCCGGAGCAAACGGCCCCAGCAGACGCCGGGAGCCCUUGGAGGACGGCGGUCCGCGUGCCCGAGAGCCCCGCCCCAGGGGGAGUGCGCGGGCCAUCUGCAGUGCUGGGAACGGAUGUCCCCAUGAACCCCGGCGCCUCCUUGUCUACUUUCACGGCAGCGUCCUUUCCUCCACCCAUGCCUGGCGCCCAGCACCGGCCGCCCUGGGAGCAGCACCUGCCACCUCUCAUCGCCCCCGCAUUCCCUCCUGGCAGCGGCCUGCUGCUGCCAGCGUUCCCCAGGAUGCCUUUGGUGGCUAAUGGUGGCCGUGGCCCCAGUGUCCCUGGGGCUUGCAACCUCACUGUCCGAGUCAGGUCACAAGGGAGGCCAGUGCAGGCCCCCCAGACUCAGACCUUUAUCGUUCCUCGGGGCCCCCUCAGCUGGAGCGCUCCAGGGGCCCUCAGCGGGAGUGCUGCAUGUCCUGCACCCAUAUUCUUAGCCACCCCUGCGAUGGAGACCAUUGUGACUGCUCCAGCUGUUGGAGUUACUCGGGCUGGCAAGGGAGGCUGGACCCCAGGCUUUCCUCCUCAAGCUCCACCACCAGCUGCCCAGAUGGCCCCUAACAUUCGCCCAGUGAACUCUGGGCCAUGGCCACGUGGCACUUCCAGGGAGGACACCACCCAGCCCUACGCCUCGCAGGAGGACGGCUCUGACCACCAGAGCGUGGACAGUGACUUCCGACGGCGGCAGCGCCUCAAGCCACUGGCCCGGAGACACCUUCCCCAGAGUCCUGAUGCGGAAGCUCUUUCCUGCUUUCUCAUCCCAGUGCCUCGAUCCCUGGCCUGCCUGAAGCCCACCAUGACACUGGAGGAGGGACUGUGCAGGGCCGUGCAGGAAUGGCAGCACAUUAGCAACUCUGACCGGAUAAUCUACUACAAGAUGGCGCAAAAGUUCAUGGACCUUGAGGCCGAGGAGGAGAUGCAGGUUCAGCCGUUGCAGUGGAUGCAGUGCGCGCAGGGCUUGCCUCCUCCAGCCCCACCGAAGCUGGAUCCUCGGGGGCCCCCAGCCCCGAAAGUGGGCCUUCAGCCAGCCACCCAGGUUCCCACUGGAGUUGAACGCACAGCCUUCGCUCCCAGGAUGUCCGGCCCCAGGGCCCAGCCCUCCCGCCCGAAGCCACACAGGUCCCAGCGACCCCCGGAGCCCAAGGCACCCGAGGAGAUUCCACCUGAGGCUGUGAGGGAGUAUGUGGACAUCAUGGAGGCGCUGGUGGGGCCCGUCCACUCAGCCACAGGCGACUCAGAUGCAGAAUGGGGAGAGGACGGAAAUGAGCUGCAGCAGGAAGAGGACGGCACCUACUCGGACCCGGAUCUCUUGAGCUACAUUGACAAGCUGUGUUCCCAGGAGGACUUUGUCACCAAAGUGGAGGCAGUCAUUCACCCUGGAUUCCUGGCAGAUUUGCUUUCCCCAGACCCACAGCUGGAUCUCUUGGCCCUAGAGAAGGAGCUGGAGCAGGAGGAAAGGCUCACGCUGUCCCAGCUGGUGCAGAAACGACUCCUGGCCUUGAAAGAGGACGACAGUGUGCGGGCAGCCCCGAGUCACAGUGCACCCGGAAUGGCCUCAAGUCCUUCUGAGUCUGACGCCAGCCAAGGUGGUCAAAGGCACACUGGCUCUCUACAGGGACCCAGGGAUGCAUCUCUUCUCAGAGAGGCCUCUCCUGUCCGGGAGGCCCGAGGGCCCAGGGACGGGUCCAGUGAGGACGAGGAGGAGCUCUCCAGCCUGGCCUUCCUCUCUGGCUCUCUGCAGAGCCUGCUGCCUUUCUGGCUGUCCCAGAGUCCUGUGCGUGCCUCAAGCCUGGCCUCCCCUGGAGGUUGGGGGGCCCACAGUGCUCCCCAGUCCCCCUCCCCUCAGAGAAGAGGCCUCAGCCCAGCUCCACCAGCCGCUCCCAAGUCGAGGAAGUGGGCUCUGUGUGGACGCCCAGCCGCUGCUGAGAAGCUGCCCAUCCCCGGGGCUGGCCUCGGCUUCUCUGGGAGGCCAGCCUUGGCUCUGGGGCUGGCUCGCCCCUCACAGCCCAGAAAGAGAAAGCGUGACCCGUUUGUCACAGAGAAGCGUGGGUGGAGGAAGAAGAAGCCCUGCAGCCAGUAG